ACUGUCUGCCGCGGACUCGACGCCGCUCGCUCCAGACUCUCGACGCGCUCUCCUACGACUCACCAUGAGGCAGCGAACUCAGCAGAAGCUGCUGUGGACUGCGGCCCUAGUCUCGGCGCUACUGAGCGUGGUUUCGGCAGCGGACGCCCGCAGGAGCCGCUACCGGCCGCAGCCUGUGUCCGCCGAGGACGACGACCCGCAGUACUACCAGCAGCCGGCGGCGGCGGCGGCCACGCAGGUGGAGACGGAGCAGGCGGGCGUGGUGCUGGUCUCCAGCGACCCCUACAACGGGCUGUACGGCCGCCAGACCGACCCCUCGGUCGCUGCCCAGCGCUACCGAGGCUCCGCCGGCAGCAGGGCGGCGCUGGCCGCCACGGGCGCGCCACGCACCAAGGAGCCCAAGCAGCCGCCCGUGCAGACCAUCCGCAACUACUCCAAGGUGAACGAUGACGGAUCGUUCACGUUUGGCUACGAGGCGGCCGACGGCAGCUUCAAAGAGGAGACGCGUGGCACGGACUGCGUGGUGCGCGGCAAGUACGGCUACGUGGACCCGGACGGCAACAAGCGCGAGUUCACGUACGUGUCUGGAAACCCGUGCGACCCCAACAACCCGGAGGGGCGCGACCCCCAGCAGGCUGAGGAGGAAGAAGACAGCGGCGAGGAGAACAUCCCCAAGGUUCCCAUCAGACCUCUGCGUCCCCUGCGACCGACGGUGGCGACGCCGCCGCGCCCGCAGACGACGACCACGGUGUUCCAGAACGACUACCGCCAGGACCAGCUGGGCCAGUCGGUGGAGGACGAGGUGGACGACGAGCCGCAGCAGCUGUACACGGCCAGGCCCGCCUCCGCCUACUCCAUCCCCAGCACCAGCUCGCUGUACCACCAGUACGACAGCCAGCAGUACACCACGCCCGCUCCCAUAGCCUACCGCCCGCAGCCGCAGCAGGCCGUCAGCAUCACGCCGCGCCCUCGCCCAGCUGUGGCGCCGUCGACGGUGCGCAGCCAGCUGCCGGCCACCACAUACCGACCCCAGCUACUUGCCACGGCCACGCCGCGCCCGCAGACGACCACUACGCAGCUGUACACCCGCCCCCCGCCAGUCUUCCAGUCCAGCACCGCGUCGCCCUACUCGACGGCAGCUCACUCCCAGGCGCAGCUGUACGGCAGGACGACUUCGCUGUACCAGCCGUCCAGCACGGUGGCCGCCGCCGCCACCGCCGACGUCGACUUCGACGACGAGCUGCGCAAGUUCCAGCUGGAGAACAACGUCGUCACGACGCCGCGCACCGUCAGCCCCGCCGCGCUGGCGCAGCGGGUGCAACCUAUCCAGCACGCGCAGCUAGCCACCGCCAGGCCGCAGCAGGUGGUCCAACAGGCACGCAAGGUUCCACCUGCGGCGGCGGCGCCAGCGGCGAGCUCGGACCCGAUCUACUCGUCGGAGCUGGUGUACGACCCGUCGACGGGCCAGUACAACACGGUGCUGUACCAGACGCUGCCGCAGACGCAGGGCGGCGAGCUGAACCUGCGCGCCAGCAUCCAGCCGUACGUGGCGCCGCAGCAGUCGCAGCAGCAGCACUACUUCCAGCAGCUGCUCCAGUCGCAGCAGCUGUACGCGCAGCAGCGACAGCGCUCCCGCUACGAGGUGACGACGCCGCCGCCGGCGCCCGCGCCAGCUGCGGCGAGACAGCAGCAGUACCGCCAGGCGCAGGUGCAGCAGGCGCCACAGACCUACUACUACGUGGCCGCACCUGCUGGCCCGGCAGCCGCUGCGCCUACGGGCAGGGAGUCCCUAUCGCACGGUCAGAUAGAGGCCUUCCUCCGGGGGCACAACAUCGCCUUCUAAAAGACUGGCAGCGGUCGCAGUUUGGAGCUCCGUUCUCAAGGUGCCCAGGGAUCCUGUCAGUAGAACGUCUGGCUACAGCGGCGAACGUCAGCUGGGAAAAGCAGCGCUACUUUGUAUAGAGAGCCUCCCUGA